UUGAUUCCAAAGUUCCGUCUAUAUUAAGCUUUCUGUCUUCUCUUCAUUUCUUUCAAAGAAUUUGAUAAAAAAAUGGCGGUUUCUGGGUCUUUGGUUAGACCAAACCAAUGCCCUGCUCCAUUUCUCAAACCUGCAAGGCCAAAGCUUGGUUGCAAAAAACAUUUGUGUCUGAAACUGAAAGCCUCUGCUGGAAACUUGGAAGAUGAUCAGGACUGCAAAAUGAGCAUAAGGAAAGAAAAUGAUGGCUGGAAGAUUGACUUCUCCGGGAAGAAACCGGCUACGCCAUUGUUGGACACCAUCAAUUACCCUGUUCAUAUGAAGAAUUUAUCAACAAGGGAACUUGAACAACUGGCAGCAGAGAUUAGAGCUGAUAUUGUGCACACAGUAGCAGAGACCGGUGGGCAUCUUAGCUCAAGCUUGGGAGUAGUGGAACUGACAAUAGCUCUGCACCAUGUGUUCGACACACCUGAAGAUAAAAUUAUAUGGGAUGUUGGCCACCAGGCAUACCCUCAUAAAAUUCUGACAGGAAGAAGGUCGAGGAUGCGCACCAUGAGAAAAACUUCAGGGCUUGCUGGGUUUCCUAGAAGGGAUGAGAGUGUUUACGAUGCUUUUGGUGCUGGACACAGUUCUACAAGCAUAUCAGCUGGACUUGGCAUGGCAGUGGCAAGAGACCUUCUGAAGAAGAAGAACAAUGUCGUUUCAGUGAUUGGAGAUGGAGCCAUGACUGCAGGACUUGCAUACGAGGCCAUGAAUAAUGCAGGAUUCCUUGAUUCUAACCUAAUUGUCAUAUUGAACGACAACAAACAAGUAUCUCUGCCAACUGCAACACUAGAUGGUCCUGCACCCCCCGUUGGAGCUCUCAGCAGGGCUUUAACAAAGAUUCAAGCAAGUACCAAUUUCCGCAAACUUCGUGAAACAGCGAAAGGCCUCACUAAGCAAUUUGGCGGACACGCACAUGAAAUUGCAGCAAAGGUAGAUGAGUAUGCAAGAGGAAUGAUCAGUGCUUCUGGCUCCACUCUCUUUGAGGAACUAGGGCUAUAUUACAUUGGUCCUGUUGAUGGACACAGUAUUGAAGAUUUAGUAACUAUGUUUAAGAAAGUGAAAGCCAUGCCUGCCCCGGGGCCAGUCCUAAUCCACAUCGUCACAGAGAAAGGAAAGGACUAUCCGCCAGCUGAGGCAGCUGCUGAUAAAAUGCAUGGUGUUGUAAAAUUUGACACAAAAACAGGCAAGCAAUUUAAAUCCAAAUCCUCUACACUGUCAUAUACACAGUACUUUGCUGAAUCGCUCGUCAAAGAAGCCGAGGCUGAUGACAAGAUUGUAGCCAUCCAUGCAGCUAUGGGUGGGGGAACAGGUCUCAAUUUUUUUCAAAAAAGGUUCCCAGACCGCUGCUUUGACGUGGGGAUUGCUGAGCAACAUGCAGUUACCUUUGCAGCUGGUUUAGCCACUGAGGGUCUCAAGCCAUUCUGUGCCAUCUAUUCAUCUUUCUUGCAACGAGGAUAUGAUCAGGUGGUGCAUGAUGUAGAUCUUCAAAAAUUACCUGUCCGCUUUGCCAUGGAUCGGGCUGGUUUGGUUGGAGCAGAUGGACCUACCCACUGCGGGGCAUUUGAUAUCACAUACAUGGCUUGCUUGCCCAAUAUGGUGGUAAUGGCUCCAUCCGAUGAGGCUGAACUUAUGCAUAUGGUUGCAACGGCAGCAGCCAUCGAUGACAGACCCAGCUGCUUCAGGUUCCCCAGGGGAAAUGGUACUGGAGUAGCUCUUCCACCUAAUUACAAAGGAUCUCCUCUUGAGAUUGGGAGAGGAAGAAUUAUUACGGAGGGCAAUAGAGUAGCUCUUUUGGGAUAUGGUUCUAUAGUUCAACAAUGCAUUGAAGCAGCGCACAUGCUCAGAUCUCUAGACAUUUAUGUAACAGUAGCUGAUGCAAGAUUUUGCAAGCCUCUAGAUAGAGAUCUCAUCAAGCAAUUAGCAAAUGAGCAUGAGAUUCUUAUUACUGUAGAAGAGGGUUCUAUUGGAGGUUUUGGCUCACAUGUAUCACAUUUCUUGAGUUUGACGGGUAUUUUGGAUGGAUCCCUCAAGUUGAGAGCAAUGGUGCUUCCUGAUAGAUACAUUGAUCAUGGAUCACCCCAAGAUCAGAUAGAAGAAGCAGGGCUUUCCUCAAGCCAUAUAUCUGCGACAGUCCUAUCUAUGCUAGGAAGACCAAAAGAAGCCCUGCAAUUCAAGUAAGCACAAACAAAACAUCAGAAUCUAGCACUGGGAAUAAUUGAAAAAAAAAUCGAUGAGAAGUCAUCAAGGAAAUUAAAUACGAUGGAAAACUCACCAAGGGUCCAAACCAACAUUAGGUCUGGUUUCCGCUUUCAAGGCUUAGGGAAAAUUGUACAAAUCUAAACGUAAAGAUUUGUAUAUGGGUUGUUGAUAUAGAAGGUCAUAAAUGAACUAGUCAAACCACAGUUCUAUUUUUGUAUAUUCUUUGGUUGUAUUAUAAUGAACAUCACAUAAAAGAAAGAGUUUCACAGUAGAUGAAGAUGACAAUCCUCUACGCACCCCCAAAGAGGGGGACAGUUAUUUGUUAUGUUACUCUGUUUGUUAUGUCAAUAGAUAGACAGCAGCUUUUGUGUCACUGGUUUUGGUCUGUUGGUCCAUUUAAAAGAAACAAUCAGUUUAGUUGAUCAGUCCCUCUAUAACUGGAUAAUGUGCCCCGGCUGAACCUAGAAGGAAGGAUAGAUAUCAUUUAUAAAUUAUGAUUCACUGAUAAUCUCCACA